AUGACCAUGGACGUGGUCGCCGCCUUCCAGGACGGGCGCCAGGAGGAGGCUUUGGCCGGUGCCGUGGCCUUCUCGGCGGCCCCGGGCGUGAAGGAGCUCGGCGAGACGCACCCCACGUACAUCAACGCGCUCGCCACCGUCGCGGCCCUGGUGAGCCAGAUGGGCGCCCCCGAACAGGCCGCGGAGCUGCUGCAGGAGGCGGAGGACCUGCAGGAGGAGGUCGAGAUGGAAGCCCUCGAGAGGAGCGACGUGGCGGACGGCGCGUUCCUGACCAGCCUGGGCGGGGACGGCGGGGGGUCCUCGGGCAGCUCCUCCGUGGGCGCCGGGGGCGGCACGCCCAGCGCGGGCAGCGACGGCGACGUCGAGGGCGGCCCGGGGCAGAGCAGCCUCGACGAGGAGGAAGAGGCGGCUCGGGGCCUCGAGGCCCUGACGAUCACGAAGCUGACGUGGACAGUGAACUCGCUGCUGAAGGACGGGCGGCCCGAGGAGGCGGCGAAGGCCCUCAGCGAGUCCGAGCGCUUCCUGCUCAGCGGCUCGGGCCGCGGUGCCGUCGGGGUCGUGGCGCGGGCGGCGCUGCACACGCUGUGGGCCGCCGUGCUCGACAGCAUCGGGGAGAAGGACAAGGCGAGGCGGCUGUACAGCGAGGCUCGAGGAGCAAAAAUGAUUCACUGCGUGGAGCUCCCCAUAUGUGCAUCUAUUUGCGUAGACCUGUCCGCCGUGAGCGUCUAG